ACAUAUUGAUCGCGGCUACAUAGCCGAUCACACUUCAGCUACGCGCUUUCCGAAGCCCUACCUCUGUGCAAUCUAUCAGGCCUCUCAAGUUGUCACAGGUCCAUGACCGAACUCCUUGCCCUCCUACCGCGACGGGUUACCUCUGAUACAUGGCCGGAGAACAUAAUGGACUACUAUCGCAGGCGGAAGGACACAAAGAUGAGGUGAUCGAGACCUUGGAGAAGAGUAUACUUGCUCUUUUCCUGGAUGACAGCCUUGUCGUCGAUCCUUUGCCUGCCGUCAAUGACACAGAAUUGACAGAGUUGGAUCGUACGCUUAGUGUCUCGACCUACUUUACUGCCAGAAGUGUGCGAAGCAAGACUAGCAUUGAUACGUUUCGAACAACCGUAUCAGGAUCUCGAGGGCUGAAUGGGAACUCUACAGCUUCGACGACCUCGUGGUACAAGUUCUUGGACUCUGAAGAACUGAUUCCUGAGCCCUUGCUGGAAAAAGACUGGUCUGGUAGAGGCGAGCACGCUGAAUUCGACCCAGAUGAGAAACACCACAUUGAUGCAAUUCUUAGUGUUGAGAACGUUCUCGGCACAUCCGCUACUGCCCUGGUUGAGAGCGUGCGCUGUCGCCGAAUUUUGCUAGCACGCAAGACUAUCUUCAAUCGCUGCAUGAAGCGCACUGAAGCUAUUAAAGAAGUCAAGCACUUGAAACGCCUCGAACACUCACACAUCCUACGCGUGGUCGGAACGUACAUGUUUAAGCAAAAUUUAAGCAUACUGUUGUAUCCAGCGGCCAAUGACAACUUCGAGGGCUUCAUGGAGUCAAUAAUUGCCGAGUUUCCUGGCAAAGAAAGCGUUCCAGAUCAUGACGGGACAGCUCCAAAGCUUCGUGCUCUGACUAAAUUCUUCGGUUGUCUUGCACAUACAGUAAAUUUUCUUCACCAGAACGCCACAAAGCACAUGGACAUAAAGCCCAAGAACCUAUUAGUCAAAACGGUACGGGAUAGUCGCUCUCCUCCCAGCGAAGUAUCGUACAAAGUCUAUAUCGCUGAUUUCGGAAUCACUCGGGCUUACAAAAACGCCUCGGAAGCCGAGACUGACUCGCGGACCUCAUUCACCAGGAUGUGUGCUGCGCCUGAAGUUGAUCUUAAGAGAGGACUGAAUGCUGACAUCUUCUCUUUGGGAUGUGUAUUUGUGGAGAUGCUGGCAGUGUUGGUUAGCUCCGGACGAGAAUCUAAGAAAGAGGACAUCAUGGCCAUUUUACAGUCUGAUGAAGAUCAACCUUGGAAUCCUAUCAAGCUAACAUCGCAGGUGUCGUUCUCUGGCUCCAGGAGGUUAUUGAUCUCAAUACAGCAAACCCCUAUUUCCUGGAGCUUUACCCCUUUCCAAAGAAGAUCAUUGAAAUCAUCGACUUCGAUCCCCAUCGGCGACCUACUGCUGCAACGGUCGCUUCUUAUUUCAACACCGCGUCUUCUUGCUGUGUAGCUGGCGCUGGUCCGGUCCCUUUUCAAGUGGAUGAUGGGCUCUCCAACGACGAACAAGCCCCACAAAUCACUAUAACAGAGUCUAAAGAUG